AUGCCCGCCAUCACCCCAGCACAGCUCGCACUAGCGGAGGCUCUCCCGGCUGAGACUAUCGGCAGAAACAGAUCGCUUCAUAUCCUGCCUUUCUACGCGAGCGGGUUCCUCGAUAGCAUGCUGAUGGGCCUUGUGAUUGCCCAGAGCGUCUCGUACAGUCAGCGCUUCCUCGGUAAAGAGAGGAAGUAUACCACUGCCCUAGUCUUUAUGGGCGUUUUGGGCACUAUCGCUGCGACGAUCUGUCUACUUCUAUGGAUAUCGCACAUCUUCGUCUACGGGUUUGGCCGCUUCAUGGUCUUUGCGGAGCUACGAUACCUCAGCGCCUAUAUGUAUAUCAACACCGCGACCACUCUCGUUGUACAGACCUUCUAUAUCGAUCGAGCUUGUAGACUGUUCAAGCAUUGGUGGCCUGCUCUUAUCAUUGCCCCCUUUGCGCUAGCUACAACCGCCACGACCAUCUCGUUCGUGACCAUUGGCUUUAUGCCCGCGCAGUAUAUGAUCCCUGAAUUGCUAGCCGGCCCAGCAAGUUCCUCCGCUAAUGUGGUUGAGAAGCUCGGUUAUGCUUUGUCUAUGGGCUAUAUCGUGUUCGAACGGGAUGGACCCACACCGAUUCCAUCAUACGAAGACUGA